CCCUAUCCAGAUUCCGUUGAGCAGAACAUUCUGACUCACUUUCUCACACAAAGGAAAGAAAUUCUUCGAAAAAUGGCAGCUCACUCUCUCUCAGCAACCUCAAUAACCCGACCCGAACUCAAACAAUUCAACCUGAAUAAAUCAGCUCUUGGUCUGCAUAUCAGUCUACGAAGUCAAUGGCUUGGCACUAUAGCCAUGAACAAAUUCUCACUCCAGUCUUCAAGUAUCAGACCCCUUUUCACAAGACGGCGUCGCAUCAGUGCCACAAUUUCGUUCAGCCUCCCCACUUCAAAGCCAGACAGGACUGAUGCCACUGAGAAAAUCCCCAGAUGGUCAUCAAAGGCAAUAAAGUCUUUUGCAAUGUCUGAGUUGGAAGCAAGGAAGAUCAAGUCCCCAACCACCGACACUGAAGCACUUCUGAUGGGGAUCUUGAUUGAGGGAACCAGUUUUGCUUCGAAAUUCCUGCGAGCGAAUGGAAUUACACUUCUUAAAGUGCGUGAUGAAAUCUUGAAGCUGCGUGGAAAGCCUGAAAUGUUCUUCUUCAGUCCUGAGCAUCCUCCUUUAACUGAAGCGGCUCAGAGGGCCCUUGAUUGGGCUAUUGAUGAAAAGCUCAAAUCUGGUGAGAAUGGGGAGAUUACAACCACUCAUCUGCUUCUUGGAUUGUGGCGGCAAGAAGAAUCACCAGGUCAUCAAGUACUGGCUGCCUUAGGAUUCAAUGACGAGAAGGCGAAGGAGCUCGAUUCUUUGAUAUCUGAACCUGGAUUCGUAGAGGACUCAUAGUUUCUAUGCACGUAUUAUGUCAUCUAUCUCGACCCAGAAUGGGUCCCUGUUGCCAGCACUCUCACUGAAGUAUCGAACAUUUUUUGACGAUGCAAGUCUUGCAUUGCCUGAAAAUUUUUACACGAAUACAGAAGGUGGUACUUUUCCUGUCCUCCUCUUGUUAAGUUUCUUCUCAAUGUAAAAAUUGAUUGAAAACCAUAAUUCUCUGGUAGAUAAAUUUGCUCUUGAAGAUGUGGUUCGUGUGUCACUGUAGUUAGACUGUAGUUUUACUUUGUUAUGCUGACUUGUUGAGAGAGGUUUAAUUCUCUCACUCUCGUUGUCAACAUGAUUAGUUUUAUUUGAAA